GAUCCCAGGGAGCCGCGAGAGAUUCCAGCAGGCAGGACUGGGGGAGCCGUGCGGUGGAUUACAGAACCGGCGACAACCCCAGCAGCAGCCGCCAACCUACCUUUCCAUAGCCACCUAUCCCAAGCAACACUUGGUGUAUUAUCACAAUAACACACAGUCUCCCCGUCCAUAGCCCAGUGUGCAUGCACGCGCAGCCUCUUCUCCUCUAAGGUUCCAGGAGGACCUUGAUGGCAGUUGCCAAGGCAGAGAUGCUCAUCUCCCCUCUGCAGAUCUCCGACCCGUUCGGUUCUUUCCCACAUUCCCCCACCAUGGAUAACUACCCCAAACUGGAAGAGAUGAUGCUCCUCAACUCAGGGGGAUCCCAGUUCCUGGGCGCCACAGUCCCCGAGGGCAACGGAUUUAACUCCUCGGGGGAUGGAGCUGACCACUUCGACCACCUGGCAGCAGAUGCCUUCUCUGAAAUGUCACUGCACAACGACAAGACAGGGAUCGAGACCAGCUAUGCCAACCAGACCAACAGAUUGCCAUCCCUGACCUACACUGGUCGCUUCUCCUUGGAGCCUGCACCCAACAGCAGCAACACCCUGUGGCCAGAGCCCCUCUUCAGCUUGGUCAGUGGACUGGUGGGCAUGGCCAAUAUGCCCAGCACCUCAACUCCUUCAUCUUCUCCUUCUUCAUCUUCUUCUUCCUCCCAGAGCCCUCCAUUGAGCUGCUCUGUACAUUCAAGUGACAGCAGCCCCAUCUACUCUGCAGCACCUACCUUUCCUAACUCCAACCAAGAGCUUUUCUCUGAUCAAUCAGGACAGUCCUUUCCCAAUGUUUCAACUGCUUCGAUCCAAUAUCCACCCCCUGCCUACCCUGUGACCAAGACCAGUUUCCAGGUGCCAAUGAUCCCAGACUACCUGUUUCCACAGCAACAGGGAGAUGUCAGUAUGGUGUCUCCUGAUCAGAAACCCUUCCAGGCUAUAGAAAACAGAGCCCACCAGCCUUCCCUCACCCCCUUGUCCACCAUCAAGGCCUUUGCUACACAGACUGUUUCCCAAGAUCUCAAGACUAUCAAUAACAACAGUUAUCAAUCUCAACUCAUCAAGCCAAGCAGAAUGAGGAAAUACCCCAACCGCCCAAGUAAGACCCCACCGCACGAGAGACCUUAUGCUUGCCCCGUUGAGUCUUGUGAUAGAAGGUUCUCCAGGUCUGAUGAACUGACAAGGCACAUCCGGAUCCACACUGGGCAGAAGCCCUUUCAGUGCCGCAUCUGCAUGCGAAAUUUCAGCAGGAGCGACCACUUGACAACUCAUAUUCGCACACACACAGGGGAAAAGCCAUUUGCUUGUGACAUUUGUGGUAGAAAGUUUGCCAGAAGUGAUGAGAGAAAAAGGCACACUAAAAUUCACUUGAGGCAAAAGGACAAAAAGAACGAUAAGGCAACUCCUGUCUCUGUUGCAUCUCCCAUCUCUUCCUAUUCCCCAUCAGCCUCAACAUCUUACCCAUCUCCAGUGCCAACAUCCUAUUCUUCUCCCGUAUCUUCUUCCUACCCCUCGCCAGUCCACAGCUCUUACCCGUCUCCUUCCUCGGCCGUUACAUACCCCUCCGUUACCUCCACCUACCAGGGCCCAGGUAUCUCCAGCUUCUCAUCUUCAGUGGUCACCAACUCCUACAAUUCACCGGUGUCCUCCGCACUUUCCGAUAUGUCCAUCACAUAUUCUCCAAGGACAAUUGAGAUCUGUUGAGAGUUUGCAGUGACAAGUGCAAAACCUUAAUAGGCACAAACUGAAGACUUCCAAAGCAUGGUCACUGAGUGGGAGAUUAAUGAUGACUUGACUGUCUUGAAAACAAAAACAAACAGAAAGGCCAUUAUAAACUAAUAAGCUUCAAAUGCCUAAGAAACUGCCAUUUUAAUUUCCCAUUCUUUUCAAAAAGACUUAAUUUGCAUGAAUAAUUAAAAUAAUUUCAACAUGAUCCUUUUAAAGAUCAACUUUUAUUUGCAUAAAGGGAUUUUUACUAUAUACAUAAUGUAUAUUGUACACGUGCAAGUUUUUUGUUUACUUUUUUUAUGCUUUUUUUUUUUUUGGUACUUUUGUUGUGAAUUUUUUUUUCUCCCUCCUUUGCAUAUUCAUGUGGUAUUAUUUGAAAUCGAUAGGGAUGCUGUUUGUAAAUGGUAUCUAUCUUGUGAAAAAUGCUACCAUGACUUUUUUUCAACUUAUUUGAGGAUCAGCACUUAUGUAUUCGAGCAUGUGGAAGAGUAUUGUUUUGUUCCUCUUUAUUUUUUAUGUUAUUUUGUUUUGUAAAUAUCAUCAGAUGGUACUCGCAUAUGUAAAAAAAAAAAAAAAAAAAAAAGACGUUUUGUUAUCUAGUAACUUGGUGCCUUUUUUGUGAAGCCUUGCUGAUGUCCUGGCACGUGCAUUUGCGUGUAUUGAUGCAUUGCAUCUAGCCUUAAAGGUGUAAGGGAAUUCUAUUAAAGAAUGUAUCAAAGACCUGUCAAAGGUACAGAGAGGGAACUGAAGCACAGCUUCGUUUAUGUAGAAUGUAAGCAAAAACUCAAAAAGUCUAUUUUUGUAAUUGAAAUGUAAAUUUAUAUAUAUAAAUAUAUAUAUAUAUAUAAAUAUAUAUAUUCAAGCGAUGGAAUGUUGUAGUUACCUACUGAGUAGGCAUGGAAUUUUUUGUAUGUUAUAAACAUGCAGUUCAUUAUUUUGUGUUUUUUAUUUUUACUUAUAUUUGUGUUUGUUUUAAACAAAGUGACUGUUUGGCUUAAAACACAUUGAAUGCGCUUUACUGCCAAUGGGAUAUUUGGUGUACAACAUAUCCUUGAGAAAACAAUAAAAUACCUAAAAUAUUUUA